UGCAUCAGGCCUUAUCCUACUUGUUCCUUUGGUGAACCAGGUUCAUUUAAACUUGGGGAGAACAAGAUGACGGACCUCUUAAGAAGUGUUGUCACUGUCAUUGAUAUAUUCUACAAAUACACCAAGCAAGAUGGAGAAUGUGGCACACUGAGCAAGGAUGAGCUAAAGGAACUUCUGGAGAAAGAGUUUCGUCCAAUUUUGAAGAAUCCAGAUGAUCCAGACACAGUAGAUGUCAUCAUGCAUAUGCUGGAUCGAGAUCAUGACCGAAGACUAGACUUUACUGAGUUUCUUCUGAUGGUAUUCAAACUGGCUAUGGCCUGCAACAAGGUUCUUGGAAAAGAAUACUGUAAAGCUUCAGGGUCAAAGAAGCAUAGACAUGGUCAUCAACAGCAAAAGGAAGAAAGUGAAACAGAAGAGGAAGAGGAGACACCGAAACAGAAAUCAGGUUUGAGACAUUCAAGUUGGAGUGAGGGAGAGGAGCAUGGACAUAGUUCUGGGAGCUUAUCAGGAACUGGAAAACGUAGACGUAGGUCCAACCCUAGGUGGCUGGAAAGGCAAGGUGAAUUCUCCAGCUCAGAAGAACUUAGGAAAAAACACCAUGAGUCUAUCUCUGGUCACUCUUGGAGCAGUAACAAAGAGAGACAUGGUUCUGGCUCUGAAGAGUUAGAAGGAAAAAGAAACAACUCACAUAGUAGGUCCUCUAGUGAGUCUGGGGAAGAAUAUGAAUCUGGAUCUAGGUUAAACAGUCAGAGAAGAAAAGGUCAUAGUGGAUUGUCACAUGGACUGGAGAAGAACAAACAUAAAUCAAAUUCUACUCAGUCAAGAAAGGAUGAAGAACAAAAGCUUGGGCCUAGCUCUUCAAGUUCAGGAAAUAGUAAGGUACAAAGUCAUACCUGUGGUUACAGCAAUUCUGGUGGAUGCUGCAAGCCACAAAAUGCUUCAAGUUCUUGUCAGGCAAAUAGCUCUGGGGGGCAAGGAAAUCAAUCUUGCUGUACCCAGUCAAGAUGUCAGUCAGGAACUAGCAGAAGACAAGGCUAUGGAUGUGUCUCAGGAGGUCAGUCCUCUAGAUGUUGUCAACCUGAGCAUAGAUCCUGUAGCCAGUCUUCUAGUCAGAGAGGGUAUGGAUCUAAACAAUGUGGUCAACCUCAGAACUGUGGAAGUCAGCAAAGGAUGGGCUCAUGUCAUUCAUCAUGCUGUGGGUCUGGAGCAACUCCGUCUUCUGGUUAUGAUCAACAUGGAACCAGGUCCUGUGGACACCCUUCAAGCUGUCAUCAAAAGGGAUAUAGUUCCAGUGAAUUUUCCAAGUGUGGCCAUCAUGGGUCUGGUUCAGGGAAGUCAUCAUGCUGUGAACAACAUGGAACAAAUUCAAGGCAGUCUUCAGGCUUUCAACAACAUGGACAUGGAUCAGGUCAGUCUUGCUGUGGACAACAUGGUACUAACUCAGGUCAAGCCACAGGUUGUAGUCAACAUGGGUCUCACUUGGGGCAGUCAUCUACUUUGGGGCAACAUGAGUCCGGUUGUGCUCAGUCUUCAAGCUCCGGGCAUCAUGGGUCAUCAGGCUCAGGUCAGCCAUCUAGUUCUGGGCAACAUGGGUCUGAAUCUGGUCAGUCUACAACUUCUGAGCAGCAUGGGAAUGGUUAUGGUCAGUCAUCUAGAUCUGGGCAUCAUGGAUCCAGUUCUGGUCAGUCACCAAGUUCUGGACAGCAUAAGUCUGGUUCAGUUGAGACAUCUAGCGCUGGGAAUCAUGGGUCAAGUUCUGGUCAGGAAACUAGCUCUUGGCAUCAUGGGUAUUCAGGCUCAAGUCAGUCAUCUAGCUCUGGGAAGCAUGAGGUUGGGCCAGGUGAGUCAUCAAAGAAUGAGAAACAUGGUUAUGGUUCAGGUCAGUCUUCUAACUCAUGGAAACAAGGGCAUAGAUAUGGUCAGUCAUCUGGACCUGGUCAACAGGGGUCUGGAUAUGGGGAAUUACAACAUGGACAAUCAAAAUCAAAGUAUGAUGGAAAACAGGGAAAUUCACAGGCACAGUCAAAGGACAGCAGGAGACAGGCUCAGACUGGGCAGGAGGAGGGAUCACACUCAGGAUCUGGAAGAAGUUCCAGAGGGGCACCUGUUCAUUCUGAGUCCAGUGAGGGUGAGGAACACUCAGUAGUUUCCAGGGGACACUCAGGAUCUACUCAAGGUCAUGGUGGAGUUCAGCAUGGAGAGUCUGGGUCCCCAGGUCAUGGACCACAGGGACAUCCAGAAAGGCAGUCUAGGGACAGCAUUAGACAGCCUCAGUCUGGACAUCAACAGUCCUCACAUUCAAGUACUGGGAGAAGUUCCAGAGGGACACCUGUUCAUUCUGAGUCAAGUGAGGAGGAACAACACUCAGUAGUUUCCAGGGGACACUCAGGAUCAACUCAAGGUCAUGGUGGAAGUCAGCAUGGACAGCCUGGUUCCCAAGGUCAUGGACCACAGGGACAUACAGAAAGGCAAUCUAGGGACAGCACUAGACAGCCUCAGUCUAGACAUCAACAGCCCUCACAUUCAGGAUCUGGGAGAAGUUCCAGAGGGGUACCUGUUCAUCCUGAGUCCAGUGAGGGUGAGCAACACUCAGUAGUUUCCAGGGGACACUCAGGAUCCACUCAAGUUCAUGGUGGAGUCCAGCAUGGAGAGUCUGGGUCCCCAGGUCAUGGACCACAGGGACACACAGAAAGGCAAUCUAGGGACAGCACUAGACAACCUCAGUCUGGACAACAGAGGCCCUCGCAUUCAGGUUCUGAGAGAAGUCCCAGAGGGUCACCUGUUCAUCCUGAGUCCAGUGAGGGGGAACAACACUCAGUAGUCUCACACAGACACUCAGAAUCCAGUCAUACUCAUAGUGGAGUCCACCAUGGACAGCCUGGUUCCCAAGGUCAUGGACCACAGGGACAUCCAGAAAGGCAGUCCAGGGACAGCACUAGAGAGCCUCAGUCUGCACAUCAGAGGCCCUCACAUUCAGGUUCUGAGAGAAGACCCAGAGGUACACCUGUUCAUCCUGAGUCCAGUGAGGGGGAACAACACUCAGUAGUUUCCAGGGGACACUCAGGAUCCACUCAAGGUCAUGGUCCAAGUCAGCAUGGAGAGUCUGGGUCCCCAGGUCAGGGACCACAGGGACAUCCAGAAAGGCAGUCUAGGGACAGCACUAGACAGCCUCAGUCAAGACAUCAACAGCCCUCACAUUCAGGUUCUGAAAGAAGUCCCAGACGGUCACCUGUUCAUCCUGAGUCCAGUGAGCGGGAACAACACUCAGUAGUUUCCAGGAAUUCAGAUACAAGAAUACAUAUCUGCAGGUACAGGAUCCAGUCUGGGUCACAAGGUCAUGGGCCACAGGGACAUCCAGAAAGACAGUCUAGGGACAGCACUAGACAGCCUCAGUAUGGACAACAGAGGCCCUCACAUUCAGGUACUGAGAGAAGUCCCAGAGGAACACCUGUUCAUCCUGAGUCCAGUGAGGAUGAGCAACACUCAGUAGUUUCCAGGGGACAUUCAGGAUCCACUCAAGGUCAUGGUGGAGUCCAGCAUGGAGAGUCUGGGUCCCCAGGUCGUGGGCCACAGGGACAUCCAGAAAGGCAGUCUAGGGACAGCAGUAGACAGCCUCAGUCUGGACAACAGAGGCCCUCGCAUUCAGGUUCUGAGAGAAGUCCCAGAGGGUCACCUGUUCAUCCUGAGUCCAGUGAGGGGGAACAACACUCAGUAGUCUCACACAGACACUCAGAAUCAAGUCAUAAUCAUGGUGGAGUCCACCAUGGACAGCCUGGUUCCCAAGGUCAUGGACCACAGGGACAUCCAGAAAGGCAGUCUAGGGACAGCACUAGACAGCCUCAGUAUGGACAACAGAGGCCCUCACAUUCAGGUACUGAGAGAAGACCCAGAGGUACACCUGUUCAUCCUGAGUCCAGUGAGCGGGAACAACACUCAGUAGUUUCCAGGGGACAUUCAGGAUCCACUCAAGGUCAUGGUGGAGUCCAGCAUGGAGAGUCUGGGUCCCCAGGUCGUGGGCCACAGGGACAUCCAGAAAGACAGUCUAGGGACAGCAGUAGACAGCCUCAGUCUGGACAACAGAGGCCCUCGCAUUCAGGUACUGAGAGAAGUCCCAGAGGUACACCUGUUCAUCCUGAGUCCAGUGAGGGGGAACAACACUCAGUAGUCUCACACAGACACUCAGAAUCCAGUCAUACUCAUGGUGGAGUCCAACAUGGACAGCCUGGUUCCCAAGGUCAUGGACCCCAGGUACAUCCAGAAAGGCAGUCUAGGGACAGCACUAGACAGCCUCAGUCUGGACAUCAGAGGCCCUCACAUUCAGGUACUGAGAGAAGUCCCAGAGGGACACCUGUUCAUUCUGAGUCCAGUGAGGAUGAGGAACACUCAGUAGUUUCCAGGGGAUAUUCAGGAUCCACUCAAGGUCAUGGUGGAGUCCAGCAUGGAGUGUCUGGGUCGCCAGGUCGUGGGCCACAGGGACAUCCAGAAAGGCAGUCUAGGGACAGCAGUAGACAGCCUCAGUCUGGACAUCAGAGGCCCUCCAUUCGGGUUCUGGUAGAAGUCCCAGAGGGUCACCUGUUCAUCCUGAGUCCAGUGAGGGUGAGCAACACUCAGUAGUUUCCAGGGGACAUUCAGGAUCUACUCAAGGUCAUGGACGAGUUCAGCAUGGAGAGUCUGGGUCCCAAGGUCAUGGGCCACAGGGACAUCCAGAAAGACAGUCUAGGGACAGCACUAGACAGCCUCAGUCUGGACAACAGAGGCCCUCACAUUCAGGUACUGAGAGAAGUCCCAGAGGGACACCUGUUCAUUCUGAGUCCAGUGAGGGUGAGCAACACUCAGUAGUUUCCAGUGGACACUCAGGAUCCACACAAGGUCAUGGUGGAGUCCAGCAUGGAGUGUCUGGGUCCCCAGGUCAUGGACCACAGGGACACCCAGAAAGGCAGUCUAGGGACAGCACUAGACAGCCUCAGUCUAGACAUCAACAGCCCUCACAUUCAGGUUCUGAAAGAAGUCCCAGAGGGUCACCUGUUCAUCCUGAGUCCAGUGAGGAUGAGGAACACUCAGUAGUCUCACACAGACACUCAGAAUCAAGUCAUAAUCAUGGUGGAGUCCACCAUGGACAGCCUGGUUCCCAAGGUCAUGGACCACAGGGACAUCCAGAAAGGCAGUCUAGGGACAGCACUAGACAGCCUCAGUCUGGACAUCAGAGGCCCUCACAUUCAGGUACUGAGAGAAGUCCCAGAGGGACACCUGUUCAUUCUGAGUCCAGUGAGGAUGAGGAACACUCAGUAGUUUCCAGGGGAUAUUCAGGAUCCACUCAAGGUCAUGGUGGAGUCCAGCAUGGAGUGUCUGGGUCGCCAGGUCGUGGGCCACAGGGACAUCCAGAAAGGCAGUCUAGGGACAGCAGUAGACAGCCUCAGUCUGGACAUCAGAGGCCCUCCCAUUCGGGUUCUGGUAGAAGUCCCAGAGGGUCACCUGUUCAUCCUGAGUCCAGUGAGGGUGAGCAACACUCAGUAGUUUCCAGGGGACAUUCAGGAUCUACUCAAGGUCAUGGACGAGUUCAGCAUGGAGAGUCUGGGUCCCAAGGUCAUGGGCCACAGGGACAUCCAGAAAGACAGUCUAGGGACAGCACUAGACAGCCUCAGUCUGGACAACAGAGGCCCUCACAUUCAGGUACUGAGAGAAGUCCCAGAGGGACACCUGUUCAUUCUGAGUCCAGUGAGGGUGAGCAACACUCAGUAGUUUCCAGUGGACACUCAGGAUCCACACAAGGUCAUGGUGGAGUCCAGCAUGGAGUGUCUGGGUCCCCAGGUCAUGGACCACAGGGACACCCAGAAAGGCAGUCUAGGGACAGCACUAGACAGCCUCAGUCUAGACAUCAACAGCCCUCACAUUCAGGUUCUGAAAGAAGUCCCAGAGGGUCACCUGUUCAUCCUGAGUCCAGUGAGGAUGAGGAACACUCAGUAGUCUCACACAGACACUCAGAAUCAAGUCAUAAUCAUGGUGGAGUCCACCAUGGACAGCCUGGUUCCCAAGGUCAUGGACCACAGGGACAUCCAGAAAGGCAGUCUAGGGACAGCACUAGACAGCCUCAGUCUGGACAUCAGAGGCCCUCGCAUUCAGGUUCUGAGAGAAGACCCAGAGGUACACCUGUUCAUCCUGAGUCCAGUGAGGGAGAACAACACUCAGUAGUUUCCAGGGGACACUCAGGAUCUACUCAAGGUCAUGGUGGAGUCCAGCAUGGAGAUUCUGGGUCCCCAGGUCGUGGGCCACAGGGACAUCCAGAAAGACAGUCUAGGGACAGCAGUAGACAGCCUCAGUCUGGACAACAGAGGCCCUCCCAUUCGGGGUCUGGUAGAAGUCCCAGAGGUACACCUGUUCAUCCUGAGUCCAGUGAGGGGGAAAAACACUCAGUAGUCUCACACAGACACUCAGAAUCCAGUCAUACUCAUGGUGGAGUCCAACAUGGACAGCCUGGUUCCCAAGGUCAUGGACCCCAGGUACAUCCAGAAAGGCAGUCUAGGGACAGCACUAGACAGCCUCAGUCUGGACAUCAGAGGCCCUCACAUUCAGGUACUGAGAGAAGUCCCAGAGGGACACCUGUUCAUUCUGAGUCCAGUGAGGAUGAGGAACACUCAGUAGUUUCCAGGGGAUAUUCAGGAUCCACUCAAGGUCAUGGUGGAGUCCAGCAUGGAGUGUCUCGGUCGCCAGGUCGUGGGCCACAGGGACAUCCAGAAAGGCAGUCUAGGGACAGCAGUAGACAGCCUCAGUCUGGACAACAGAGGCCCUCCCAUUCGGGUUCUGGUAGAAGUCCCAGAGGGUCACCUGUUCAUCCUGAGUCCAGUGAGGGUGAGCAACACUCAGUAGUUUCCAGGGGACAUUCAGGAUCUACUCAAGGUCAUGGACGAGUUCAGCAUGGAGAGUCUGGUUCCCAAGGUCAUGGGCCACAGGGACAUCCAGAAAGACAGUCUAGGGACAGCACUAGACAGCCUCAGUAUGGACAACAGAGGCCCUCACAUUCAGGUACUGAGAGAAGUCCCAGAGGGACACCUGUUCAUUCUGAGUCCAGUAAGGGUGAGCAACACUCAGUAGUUUCCAGUGGACACUCAGGAUCCACACAAGGUCAUGGUGGAGUCCAGCAUGGAGUGUCUGGGUCCCCAGGUCAUGGACCACAGGGACACCCGGAAAGGCAGUCUAGGGACAGCACUAGACAGCCUCAGUCUGGACAUCAACAGCCCUCACAUUCAGGUUCUGAGAGAAGUCCCAGAGGGUCACCUGUUCAUCCUGAGUCCAGUGAGGGUGAACAACACUCAGUAGUCUCACACAGACACUCAGGAUCCACUAAAGGUUAUGGUGGAGUCCAGCAUGGAGAUUCUGGGUCCCCAGGUCAUGGUCCACAUGGACAUCCAGAAAGGCAGUCCAGGGACAGCACUAGACAGCCUCAGUCUGGACAUCAACAGCCCUCACAUUCAGUUUCUGGGAGAAGUCACAGAGGGGCACCUGUUCACCCUGAGUCCAGUGAGGGUGAACAACACUCAGUAGUUUCCAGGGGACAUUCAGGAUCUACUCAAGGUCAUGGACGAGUUCAGCAUGGAGAGUCUGGGUCCCAAGGUCAUGGGCCACAGGGACAUCCAGAAAGACAGUCUAGGGACAGCACUAGACAGCCUCAGUAUGGACAUCAACAGCCCUCACAUUCAGGUUCUGAGAGAAGUCCCAGAGGGACACCUGUUCAUUCUGAGUCCAGUGAGGGUGAACAACACUCAGUAGUCUCACACAGGCACUCAGAAUCCAGUCAUACUCGUAGUGGAGUCCAACAUGGACAGCCUGGUUCCCAAGGUCAUGGACCACAGGGACAUCCAGAAAGGCAGUCCAGGGACAGCACUAGACAGCCUCAGUCUGGACAUCAGAGGCCCUCGCAUUCAGGUUCUGAGAGAAGUCCCAGAGGUACACCUGUUCAUCCUGAGUCCAGUGAGGAUGAGGAACACUCAGUAGUUUCCAGGGGACAUUCAGGAUCUACUCAAGGUCAUGGACGAGUUCAGCAUGGAGAGUCUGGGUCACAAGGUCAUGGGCCACAGGGACAUCCAGAAAGACAGUCUAGGGACAGCAGUAGACAGCCUCAGUAUGGACAACAGAGGCCCUCACAUUCAGGUACUGAGAGAAGUCCCAGAGGUACACCUGUUCAUUCUGAGUCCAGUGAGGAUGAGGAACACUCAGUAGUUUCCAGGGGACACUCAGGAUCUACUCAAGGUCAUGGUGGAGUCCAGCAUGGAGAUUCUGGGUCCCCAGGUCGUGGGCCACAGGGACAUCCAGAAAGACAGUCUAGGGACAGCAGUAGACAGCCUCAGUCUGGACAUCAGAGGCCCUCCCAUUCGGGGUCUGGUAGAAGUCCCAGAGGGGCACCUGUUCAUUCUGAGUCCAGUGAGGGUGAGCAACACUCAGUAGUUUCCAGUGGACACUCAGGAUCCUCACAAGGUCAUGGUGGAGUCCAGCAUGGAGUGUCUGGGUCCCCAGGUCAUGGACCACAGGGACAUCCAGAAAGGCAGUCCAGGGACAGCACUAGACAGCCUCAGUCUGGACAUCAACAGCCCUCACAUUCAGUUUCUGGGAGAAGUCACAGAGGGGCACCUGUUCAUCCUGAGUCCAGUGAGGGUGAACAACACUCAGUAGUUUCCAGGGGACAUUCAGGAUCUAUUCAAGGUCAUGGACGAGUUCAGCAUGGAGAGUCUGGGUCCCAAGGUCAUGGGCCACAGGGACAUCCAGAAAGGCAAUCUAGGGACAGCACUAGACAGCCUCAGUCUGGACAGCAGAGGCCCUCACAUUCAGGUUCUGAGAGAAGUCCCAGAGGUACACCUGUUCAUCCUGAGUCCAGUGAGGGUGAACAACACUCAGUAGUUUCCAGGAGAUAUUCUCAAUCCUCUCAAGGACAUAUUGGAGUUCAGCAUGGAGAUUCUGGGUCUCCAGCUCAUGGAAGACAGGUGUCUCCUCAAAGGCACUCUGGAACAAAGAGUUUUCGGUCACCCAGUUCUAGACACCAGUAUGAUUCUAGUCAUCAUUGGAGACAUGGUAGCUAUGGCUGUGAGGAGUAUGACUAUGGCCAGUCAGGCUAUGGACCUUCUGGAGGCAGCAGAACUAGCAGCCGCAAAUCUAGUCCUCUGAGGUCAUCUCAUAGAGGUUCAAGUACACAAGUGCCAACAUAUGGACAGUCUUUCUCUCUUUCUCAGCAUGCAGGAUUCAAAGGAAAUGAAGGAAUGGGAGGGCUGGUUUUAAAAUACAGAGAUUCUGACACUAAUCAUGGUCAUUCACUUGACCACUACAAUCUGACUGAUUAUAAUACAACUGGAAAUGUAGUUUCUAAUCAUCCCCAACCUUUAAUAACACUUGAACAUUCAAAUGACUAUGAUACUAAAUAUGGAUAUAAUAUAAAUGGAAAACAAGAAACUACUCUAAGCCAGCCAAUUGACCAAUCUGGUUUCAGCCAUAGUCAAUAUACAUCAUUUCAGGAACAUUCAGAAUCCAAUUCAAUUGGAAAUCAAUCUGGAUUCGGCACCAAUAAAAGGCAAGUGUAUAACCAUGGCCAAUCAAGUGACAGCUACCAGCUCUCAAGUGACAGCAGAUAUGCAAAUCCAAGAUCUUCUCCCAAUAGCUCUCUUCAGAGCCUAUAUUAUAUGGGAACUGAAGAGUGUAAAUAUUUACCAAGUGUAACCACGUUUGGUGAGGGAAGACUAGGACAGGAGCCAGGUUAUAAUCCAUCAGAGACCAUCAGAAAAUAUAGUCAAUAUGUAGAGGACAAGGAGACAAGAGACUCUGAAUUCAGAGGUUACCAUGAAAAGAGAGAAAUGAACUUAGGUUCUGCCUAUGUAGAUAGCAACACUCCACUAUACACAUAUGUCCAAGAACAAAGAUAUCAUCAUUUUUAUUGAGAAGCCAGUAUAAAAUAUGAUAAACCGAGAUAAGAACUAACUCAAAGAGAAAAGUAGAUGCACAUAAGAUAAUAAAACAUCCAACAUGAUUCCUCAUUUUGGCAGUAGGUGGUAUAUUCUUUCAUAUUAACUGUACUACUAUUUUGAUGUUGUUUGGUGCAAGAUCUUUUUGUAGGACUCCAUAGACACUGAGCUUCUUGGACAGAAGAAAGUAAACAAAUUAAAAAGUAUUGGAACUGUAUUCAGAAAUACAAGAUUAAAAUGUAUGAUUUUGAUAUUUGGGAAUUAAAAUAAAUAUUUGAAAUUUCUAUGAGAUAAGUAUUUGGGUUUUCCACAUGUUGUUGUAAUUUUUUGAUUAAAACCUUAUCCAAGAAGCAAAGGACAUAGUUUUGGAGUCACAGUUUUUCUAGCAAUAUUAUAUAUAACACAUUCUGUGUCCUGAACAAAGAAUUUGAUUAUUUCCUGGGUGGAGAUUCAGAAUACUUUUAUCUUUUGUGUCAUCAUUGGAACUCUGUAUUAUUAUUGAAUUUAUUGUCAUGAUUUCCUACAUAGAAGAUUCAGAAAAUUGUAUUGGAUUAAAAUUUGACAAUAAACUUUUCAUCUUAAUA